AAAGAAACCAAGUAUUAACAUUUCAGGUCCCUUUCUUUUUCUGUGCACGAGACUGAUAUCACUCUUCUGUGCUAGGGUUUCGAAUUUCUUCUUCUCCUAAAUUCGGAACACCAUAACUCGUGCAAUUAAUCUUAGAGAGAUCUUUGAAUCGAAAUUUUAUAGGGGCUUUUAAGGAUAGAACAAUGGCGGCGACGAUGGUGAGCUCAGCGGGAGGACUGCUGGCGAUGCUCAACGAGCCCCAUCCCUCGUUAAAGCUGCACGCACUCUCAAAUCUCAACAGCUUCGUUGACCAGUUCUGGCCGGAGAUCUCCACUAGCGUCCCCAUCAUAGAAAGUUUAUAUGAAGAUGAAGAGUUUGAUCAGCAUCAGAGACAACUUGCUGCUUUGCUUGUUUCAAAGGUUUUUUACUACUUAGGUGAACUUAAUGAUUCAUUGUCUUAUGCCCUUGGAGCUGGCUCCCUAUUUGAUGUUUCAGAGGAUUCUGAUUACAUUCACACCCUUCUUGCUAAGGCUAUAGAUGAAUAUGCCAGUCUUAGGUCAAAGGCAUUGGAAUCAAAUGAUGAGGCAGCCAAAGUGGACCCUCGGUUGGAGGCGAUUGUGGAGAGAAUGCUUGAUAAGUGUAUUGUUGAUGGGAAAUACCAACAAGCAAUGGGAAUUGCAAUUGAGUGCCGAAGAUUGGAUAAACUUGAGGAAGCAAUUGUUAAGAGUGACAAUGUCCAGGGAACUUUAUCAUAUUGCAUAAAUGUGUCUCAUUCCUUCGUUAAUCGUAGAGAAUAUAGACACGAGGUGCUCUGUCUUCUUGUUAAAGUAUAUCAAAAGAUGGCUUCUCCAGAUUAUUUAAGCAUUUGCCAGUGUCUUAUGUUCUUGGAUAAACCUGAAGAUGUUGCAACCAUAUUGGAAAAGCUUCUUCAUUCGGAAAAUAAGGAUGAUGCUUUAUUGGCAUUUCAAAUUGCGUUUGAUCUUGUGGAGAAUGAGCACCAGGCUUUUCUCUUAAAUGUGAGAGAUCGGCUUUCUACGCCAAAGAUUCAACCUGCAGAGGCAGUCCAGGCAGUAGAUACAACUUCUGCUCAAAAUGAAAAUUCCACUGCUUCAGGAGAUGUCCAAAUGACUGAUGGAACAGCUACUUCAACAAUUGUGCGUGAAGCAGAUCCAAAAGGAACAAUUUAUGCCGAAAGGCUGACAAAAAUCAAGGGAAUCUUAUCUGGAGAGACAUCAAUACAAUUGACUCUGCAGUUCUUAUACAGCCAUAACAAGUCUGAUCUUCUAAUUUUGAAGACAAUUAAGCAGUCUGUUGAAAUGAGAAAUAGUGUAUGCCAUAGUGCCACUAUUUAUGCUAAUGCAAUAAUGCACGCUGGAACAACUGUAGAUACAUUUCUCAGGGAGAAUCUGGACUGGUUGAGCAGGGCCACCAAUUGGGCCAAGUUUAGUGCGACAGCUGGGUUAGGUGUUAUUCACAGAGGCCACCUACAGCAAGGAAGGUCAUUGAUGGCACCUUACCUGCCCCAGGGUGGGGCUGGCAGUGGCGGUAGUCCAUAUUCAGAAGGUGGUGCUCUAUAUGCCCUAGGACUCAUCCAUGCCAACCAUGGUGAGGGCAUCAAACAAUUCCUUCGUGAUAGUCUUCGCAGUACUAAUGUGGAGGUUAUUCAGCAUGGAGCAUGCUUAGGUCUAGGUUUGGCGGCCUUAGGAACUGCUGAUGAAGAGAUAUAUGAUGACAUCAAAAGUGUUCUUUAUACUGACAGCGCUGUUGCUGGUGAAGCUGCUGGCAUCAGUAUGGAGUGGUAUUGGGUGCGGAACUCUAUAGUACUGUCGCCUCACCAAACUAUUAAUCUGCAGACUCCUAGGAUUGUCUCCCUGCUAUCUGAGUCAUACAAUCCGCAUGUUCGGUACGGUGCAGCACUUGCUGUCGGUAUUUCUUGUGCGGGUACAGGUCUAAGCGAGGCUAUAUCAUUGCUGGAGCCACUUACGUCCGAUGUUGUUGAUUUUGUUCGUCAAGGUGCUCUGAUUGCAAUGGCUAUGGUAAUGGUCCAGAUUAAUGAAGCCAGUGAUUCUCGUGUCGGCACAUUUAGGCGGCAGUUAGAAAAGAUAAUUCUUGAUAAGCAUGAAGACACAAUGAGCAAGAUGGGAGCAAUUUUGGCUUCUGGAAUCCUUGAUGCCGGUGGAAGGAAUGUGACAAUAAGAUUGCUUUCUAAGACAAAGCAUGAUAAAGUCACGGCAGUUGUUGGUCUUGCUGUUUUCAGCCAAUUUUGGUACUGGUAUCCCCUCAUUUAUUUCAUAAGCUUGUCUUUCUCCCCCACAGCUUUUAUUGGUUUGAACUAUGACUUGAAAGUCCCGAGGUUUGAAUUCUUAUCACAUGCAAAACCGUCGCUGUUUGAGUAUCCAAAACCAACUACCGUCCCCACCACUACAUCAGCCGUGAAACUUCCUACAGCUGUUCUGUCAACAUCAGCAAAGGCCAAAGCAAGGGCUAAGAAAGAGGCAGAGCAGAAGGCUAUUGCGGAAAAGGCAGCUGUUGCAGAGACUUCAUAUCCUAGUGCAACUGGAAAAGGAAAAUCAUCUAGUGAAAAGGAUGGUGACUCUAUGCAGGUUGAUGGCCUACCUGAGAAGAAGGCAGAGCCAGAGCCUUCUUUUGAAUUUUUGACAAACCCGGCUAGGGUGGUGCCUUCACAGGAGAAAUUCAUUAAAUUUCUAGAAGACACCAGAUACAUGCCGGUGAAGUUAGCACCUUCUGGAUUUGUUCUCCUGAGGGACUUGCGUCCUGCUGAGCCUGAGGUUCUUUCUCUGACUGACACACCUACAUCCACUGCAUCACCUGCUGGUGGAUCAGCGACAGGACAGCAGGGCUCUGGCUCAGCCAUGGCUGUUGAUGAAGAACCUCAACCUCCUCAGCCUUUCGAGUAUGCAGCUUGAUUGUCAGUAGGUAUUACAUGUGGUUUAUUAAUGUCGGAGAAAUUCUUGUGCUCAAUGGAGAACAAACUGGUGUGGUAGCACCCUACUAAUGCCUCGGCUAAUGCUGAAACGAUCUGUAUUGGCACGUCAAAGUGCGGUGCGGUUCUACUCCCUGGGGUGGCUGGUCACUAGUGGUUAUCGCCAAAUUGUUUUAGCUUGUACUUUGUAUUUUUUCACACUUGAUGUUGAGGAUGGGGAAGUUUGAAUGUGCCACUGAUCUGCAUGCAGGAUUUAGUUAAGAUGUAACGAGAUACAUUUCUGGCACAGGAACCCUCCCUCCGGAGGGUACCUUUCUAGGUUAGUAGCAGUAAUUUUUUUUUUUUUUUUUAAAUUUCUUUUUACCUCGGGUUUAAAAAAAAUACAGGGACGGAAGCAGCCCUUGAUUUGUCACUGUUUUUGGACUGAAAUGCUUCCUGUCUCGAAUGAAAUUAUGUUUCAAAGUCA